UCCGGGAGCACGGAGUGCUGCGCUCCCUGCUCCGUCUGCAGAGGGAGAGACCUGGGGGCAAAAGGAUGGCCUCGGAAGGGGAGAACAUUCAAGGCGUGAAUCCUCAUCUCCGGAUCAACGGGCCGAUGAACAUCAACCACUACGCGACGAAGAAGAGCGUGGCCGAGAGCAUGCUGGAUGUGGCACUGUUCAUGGCCAACGUCACGCAGCUCAAAGCCGUGCUGGAGCAGGGGCCGUCCUUCCAGUACUAUGCCACCCUCAUCGUGCUCAUCAGCAUCUCCCUCUUCUUCCAGGUGAUGAUCGGGAUUCUCCUCAUCAUCACUGCUCGUUUGAACCUGAAUGACAUUGCAAAGCAACCCCGCCUGAACAUUCUCAACAACGCUGCCACAGCUCUCAUCUUCAUCACAGUCAUCCUCAACAUCUUCAUCACAGCCUUUGGGGUACAGAAGACUGGCCUCUACCCUAACAGGAAUUUUCGACCUUAUUAAGUCAUGGGGCACGGAGUCAGGAUCUGAGGAGUGCAGUUGGAAGGAAAAGCUCUCCUCCUCUACGUCUUCACUGACCUCAGCAGGAGCCCAUUGACAAAUCCAGAAAACUGGGUUAAACUUUCAAAACUCUGUGUGUGUCAUGGUAUACUGGCCCCCUCCUGUAAUGCUUUUGCUGUUCUGAAGGGGUGGAAACAUCACCUUUCCAAGCUAGAGCAAACUUUGCAAGGGAAUAGCAGCAGGUACAUGGUUUCAAAGCACAGUUCUGUAAAUCUCAUCUCUUACUGCUUCACAUAUUCAAUACUGGCUCAUUCGGUAGAGAAGACUGAAUGAUUUACUUUGUAGGCUAAAUAAAUAAGAAGAGUCCA